GGUCCUAUUACAUCCAUAUUAGGUACCCAGGCGGCCACUGCUAGAGCCCGCCACCGCCACCCGCGGAGCAGGCCCAGCAGGCCGUGGAUGCCAUGGUCAUUACAUGGGAGCGGGCGCGCGCGCAGGUAGCAGAGCAGGCCACCAUCCAGGCGGAUAAGGUGGCUGAUGCCAACCCAUGGCUGCGCAUGACGGGGUGGGCGAGGUAUUUGGAUGGCGUGCACCCGCAGGAUUUGCGCCAGCUCGUAGAGGCGCCCGUGGAGGUAGAGGUGGUGGAGGAGGAGGAGCUAGUGGAUAUAGAUCCUAAGGUAGAUCCCACCGAGCAGGCCGUGCGGGUGAUUUGGGACGCCAUGGACCAGCUGGCGCGGCGCAGCCAGCGGACCGUGUAG